AUGGAGAAGAAUGAUCCGAUCAUUGUGGUGGGCGCGGGCAUUUUCGGCCUCAGCACAGCCCUACACCUUGCCCGCCGCGGAUACAGUGUGACUGUUUUUGACCGACAGCCUUACGAUGAGUCAAAAUACUCUUAUCUGCACGGAGCUGAUGCGGCCUCUGCAGACAUCAACAAAAUCAUUCGCUCUGCCUAUGGAGGCCAAACUGAGUACCAAUCUCUAUCAACUGAGGCAAUUGCUGCCUGGCAUGAAUGGAAUGAAGAGCUUGCGAGUGGCAAGACUGUUCCCCCUGGGAUGACUCGCAAGGACCGUGUUUUCGUCGCAAAUGGGAAUAUUUCCAUGUCCGAGGACUCAGAGCUACCCCCAUGGGAGCAGGCCUGUAUCGAUGGGAUGGAGAAGGCUGGGCAUCAUGACACACAGCUGGCGACCACAGACCCACGACACUGUGAGGUUGCCGCAAGCCGAGGGCUAUCGUCUUACAUGGACCCAUUUCAACAAAAUCGUCGCGGACAGAAGCCAGUAGGUGUGCUAGACACAACAGGAGGAAUGGCUAUCGCCGACAAAGCCUGUCGCUUCGCAUUGCACAAGGCGCGGGAAGCUGGCGCGAAAUUCGUCUUCGGAUCGCAAGCCGGAUGUCUGCAAUCUUUACGCUUCGAUGGGAAUAAGGUCACUGGAAUUGAAACACGAGAUGGAAAGUUCCACCAUGCCUCAAUGACCAUUCUGGCUUGUGGUGGUUGGACUCCAGUACUCUUGCCAGAAUUGGACGGUCUCUGCGAAGCCACUGCUGGUAGUGUGAUUCUCAUGAAAAUACCCACCAACUCGCCACUAUGGGAUCGCCUAGGACCACAGCAGUUCCCCACGUUUACAUUUAAUAUGCGUGCUGGAAGGAAAGGGGGCCUUUAUGGAUUUCCUCGCAAUGAGGACGGCUACUUCAAAGUUGGAUAUCGUGGUACCAAGUACACCAACCCCGUUCGACAUAGCGAUGGAAAAGAGCGUAGCACCCCCGCCACGCGAUGGUCGGCUGCAGAGCGUGAUGGAACUCAACCUAUUGGUGAACGCCUUACAGACUUCCCACGAGAAGCAUACCAGGUUAUCCAUACAUUUCUGGACAGGUAUCUGCCGGAGCUGCGCGAAGAGAAUAUACCUACCUCAACCACACGAAUGUGCUGGUACACUGAUACAUUCGAUAACCAUUUCGUGGUUGACCAAGUGCCGGGAAAGCAGAGUCUGAUGGUUGCUACGGGGGGCAGUGGUCAUGCAUUCAAGUAUCUGCCCAAUAUUGGAAAUUGGGUGGUGGAUAUUAUGGAGAAUGUCAAUACAGAUCGUGAGGCUAUUCAAGCCUGGGGAUGGAGAGCCCUGGAAAAUAAGAAGCCAAUCAAUAAUCUAAUGGAGGGCUCACAAGGAGAACGUGCCUUAGGAAAUAUUGCCUUGUCUAAGGAGUCGAUUAUAAAACAGUCGGCAAAGGCAGUGCUCUGA